AUGGGAUCUAGUGGCAAUCGAAAAUCUACUAUUGAAAAACUAUACACAUUGCUCGUGGACAAGUUUGAGGUUCUGGAUCUCAUGGGUCCCAUGACUCUUUCUCCACAUUACACUGGCACUACAACCUCAGAAAUACGCAAUGCACAAAUUGUGAAUCCCCAAAAGUACCAAUACGGCUGUUUGGAAGUCAUUCCAGUAGAACACUUGAACUCAAAGCUUAAAGUGACCAACCAUAGAUUAGGAGACUAG